CAACAUUGAGAGGAGGCUACAGUACCGCUACCCGGAGUAUAUAAACCUUUUAAAAAAAAAACUUGAUUUCACCCUAAUAAAGAAAGCAAGAUUUAGGUUUCGUGCGUAUAUAGUUUCUCGGUUUCUCCCGGCAGCUCGUCCGUCCCCUGGAAGAACAAAAAAUUCUGCCGGACACCGAUCCAUCAGUUAAUUAUGUUUCGCCAAUUAGUAAGGUGUGACCCGUUCAAGUGGAGAAACUGCCAGAAGCAGGCAGUAAUGUGGAGGAAACACGAUGCCAGAUGUAUUGGAACUUCUAUUGCUUCAUCUGGUUUUGAGAAGGAUCCAAGUGUACCCCCUAUUCAGAAACACUUUACACUGCCUGCUCUAAAACUUAUUGAUACAUAUGCGUUCUACAGCGUAGCCCCUGCUAUGGGUCAUAACAAGGAAUCACAUCCGGAAUCCAAUCUAAGAGUUCCUGCAAUUUUAAGCGCCAUCGAAAAGAUGAAGCUCACUUCUAAGUAUCGUGGUGCAAACAUAAUUGAUUUUGAUGAAUUCAAGCCUGCUUCUGUGGAUGACAUUACAAAUGUUCAUUCCAAAGCUUAUGUUGCUGAUCUCGAGCAGGCUAUCAAUAAGAAUUCGGAAAAGGGCAUCGUUCACAUUGGUGAAACCGGACCAACAUAUGCUACCGCCAGUACAUUCAAUGAUUCACUCUUGGCAGCUGGAGCAGGAUUAUCCCUGGUUGACUCAGUGGUUGCAUCAUUAAAAUGGAGAUAAAAUCCUCCUGUUGGAUUCGCUUUGAUUAGACCUCCAGGGCAUCAUGCUACACCAACGGGUCCAAUGGGCUCUUGUGUUUUUAAUAAUGUGGCCAUUGCAGCACGCCAUGCGCAACUAGUGCACGGAUUGAAACGUGUGUUUAUCAUUGAUUUUGAUGCUCAUCAUGGGAAUGGGACAAGUGAUGCAUUCUAUGACGAUCCAGAUGUAUUCUUCUUGUCCACUCAUCAAGAUGGAAGUUUUCCGGGCACGGGUCGCAUUCACGAGGUAGGCCAUGGAAGUGGUGAGGGCACAACACUAAAUUUACCUCUGCCAGAAGGCUCAGGAGAUCAUGCCAUGAGGAGUGUAUUUGAUGAGGUUAUUGUGCCCUCUGCUCAGAGGUUCAACCCUGAUAUAAUUCUUGUUUCUGCUGGGUAUGACGCUCAUGUUCUUGACCCGGUAGCGAAUCUGCAAUUCACGACGGGAACAUACCACUGGCUGGCGUCGAAUAUCAAACAGCUCGCCAAAGAUCUGUGCGAGGGGCGCUGCGUCUUUUUCUUGGAGGGAGGGUACAACCUUGACUCUCUUUCACACUCGGUGGCCGACACUUUCAGAGGGUUUCUUGGAGAGGAAAGCAAGGCGAGCGAGUUUGACGACCCUGCGAUCCUCGCCGCAGAACCAUCCGCCAAGGUGAAGGAAUUGAUUCAGAGAGUUAAAAGCAUUCAUUCCCUCUGAAUCAUAUCAUCCUCAUCAAAUCCAGAGGGCAUGCAUUUGCCUUUUAUUUAGAACAUGAUGAAAUUUUGUAGGCUAUUUAGAUUG